UGAUUAUCAUAACUCUAGAAUUACACUGACAUUUGUGAUGACAAUAUUUUAGUUGAGGAAUCAAAUAGAAAUCACUCUUUGCUUCAUAUUAAAGCGGUUUUGUGUGCUCGAGAAUGAAGAAAGUUAAGCUUUUCGUAGGAAGUGCCGUCUGAUUAUGUUGAACAUUAUGACGAUACGAAGCUGUUACGCUCCUUUGGGAGUUUCUGAGACUCGACGCACAAACCAAUUUGUCAUCAUGUACAUGAAACAAAUCUACAAACUGUUUUGACGAUUAUGUGCAUGUGUAAAUGUCGUUUUAGAAGCACAUACCUUCUACUUCUUAAUGUGACUAAUCAUCGAGCUGAACACAUCGAAUGCCUAAGCAAUUAUACUAGCAAAAGACUUAUCUCCCGACUGACACUUGACUCUUGUGUAAACCUCUACGUUCUAAUCAUGGCGUCGUAAUCAUGGGAUUUGAUGACAGGGAGCGCAAUCGCGAUCACAUUCGCAACCUGACGUUGCUGCUGCUCGUUUUCAAGGUCUUUAUUCUAUAUGUUUUGCUGGUAUUGAUGUUUAGCUUGUAUUAACUCUCUCGCCACGUUAUAGACACUGCAGAUCAUGGAGUGUAGCGUUCUUUGUCGGGUCGUUAUUCUGCUACAAUUUGGAAAGUACUUCGUCGUUGCACGAGAUUACGAAAUGGUGCAAACGUUGUUUUCGAGUGUUUAACUCGGCUUUACUGGUCGAUGAUGACAAUCUUAACACCGCUAAAGCUCUUAGUUUUGCAAUAGCGACAUGGCUAUACAGUACAGACAUUUGAAGCAACGCAGCUUCAUUUAUCAUAAGAGUGGCAGUUCUGAUCAGUUCUGGUCGAAAAAGAUGCAAGCCCAAAAGAGUCGCUUCCGAGUUAUUUAUUUACCAACCUGGCGUUGCCAGUUUCGAGACGGUAUACGACGCAGAUUAUCAAUUUAGCCAGCCGACUACUUCAAUUAGUUAUUUCUUCUUGUAAGGGCGAAAUGGUAGAGCAAAGCUCUACAAGAGAUCGAAUUUGAAUGUUGCGCUGCAAGAAGCGGAAGAAUCGGAUAGCAAUCAUGGUGACGACGAGGAGUUCAAGCUUACCUUAAAUAGAGUAGCGAAUGUGACUUUGACAACAAGCACAACCAGUCGAAAUAAUCUUGAUUGUUGCAAUACACCUUCACACUUUUCAGUUACUUAUUUUCCUGCACACCAAUCGCGUUCAUUAUUAUUCAUUUUCUAGCAACGUCGAUGAUCAACAACGCCAGUUGCAAAAACUGCUAGAGAUAACCACGUCGAACGUACUGAUAUCAACAAUGAUUGGAAAAGUAUGAUCACAUACUCGCUCAUCUGGUAGCAAGUUCCGGUAGUGGUUGUCCGAGCCAUAUCUCGAAUUCUUUUUAUAUAGUUGAUCCAAGUGCUAAGCUCAGCACUACUGGCGUUGCAUCCAUCUGACCGAAUAAAAAUACGAUAUAGGUCGGUUGGAUACUCAAGGUGCGAGUGACAGCAUAUUUGAUGACCGACAUGACAAAUAAUGUUGUCGACUCGAUUCGUCUAAACGACAUCGAAAAUGAUGACAUGGUAAGCAGCUUUGUUACUGCAUCCAAUAUAAAUGCCACAGAAUCAAGUAGCGUCAAUCUCAAAGAUGUUAAUUUCCUCAGGCAAACAUGGCAGAUAUAUCGAAAGCAAUAAUUUCUUGUGGAAAAGUGAAAAGCGCAUGUGGACUCUUAUCAAUAUGGUCAUGUUUCAUAGACCCAAUGUUUCAAAUGUUAGACAUUUUAAGCUUAAUCUGAUGGCAGUUUUUUUAAAUGUACACUACAAGGCGUGUUUAGCAAGUUCAGUAAUUCACUUUUUCUCAUCCAUUUGUACCUUUCAAUCCGUAACUUCUGACAAACCUAAUGAUACCCAUGAUGCUCCUGAUCGCACGAAAGCAAAAAAUAGGUUUGCACCUUAUAUUGUUUCUUCGAAAUAUUGCUGGUAUUCUGGAAUAUGAAUUGUAAGCCAACGUCUCGCUACCUGACUGCAUCCCAAUCUCGUUCCAACGGCUCCUGCUUAAAAUACCCUGAAGGGCAUCAAAAAAUUCAAAAGGUGUGGCAGUAAAGUGAUCAGCUUCGAAAAGAGUCACAUUCAAUUUUCUAACCUCUUGGAUAAACCUUUUUGUCAUCUCUUCUCCUCGCUAAUUGCCAU